AUGGCAGAAGUGGAGUUGUGGCUUCCGUCAGAUGAAGGCAUCAUUGCCAAACCUUAUACCAGCUGUCCCAACAGCAUCGAUUUUGCACAGCAGCGGGCAAACAACGACUUGGUUGUGUCGCCGGCACAUGUAGAAAGCAUGCAGAGAUCACCCAAGGAGAUGGCAGUAUCUCCGAGACCACAAAGGUUUCAGAUGGUUCUGACCAAUGCGGAGAAGCAGCAGCAGCACUUGCUGCGCAGCGGUUCCCGCGUCUCUGGCGCCUCCAGAGCCAGUAACACCUCAGGAGCCACAGCAACCAGCAAGUCAGCCUCUGAAGAGGAAGAACACUCUGGUUUCUUCGGCAGCUGGAAGAAAAGUAUGAGCAGGAUGUUUUCAAGUGGAAGGAUGCACAGCUUCAACGAGAGUGACUACUGCGAAGUGGCCUUUGACCUUUUGGAACUGAGCUUGGCUGUUUGCGACGCCAACGCCCAGUUGUGCCGGGAAUUUGCCACGAAAGUGACGGAGGACCGGAAGACCUGCAAGGCGCUGAAGCGUUUGACGAUGCUGGCCAGGGUCGUGGGUCUCAUUCCGGGAGGCAACGGACCGGGUGACCUGGGUUUGGGCCCUUUGUCCUCGGAGCUGCUGAUGCCUCCACGUGAUCUUGCCAAAGCCUUUGUGCAGGACGAUAUGUCGGCCUUGGACUGGAUGAACAGCGAACAAGGUCAGGUGGUCACUGAAGUCGUGGAGAACCGACCAGCAACACCUGCUGAGCCUGGUUUUAAUGGUGCCCUGGCAGCCAGGUCAGCUUCCCUUAAUCACACGUCCAGUUUGAGCAGUGCAGAUGGCACUUUGCCAGUGCCAAGGCCCGCGGGACAGUACCAGCACUCUGGAAGCCUUGGUAGUGCAGAUGGCACUUUGGGCCUUCCAAGGAAGAUGAGUUUGGGACACAGCUCCAGUGUUAGUAGUGCAGAUGGCACUCUAGCAGUGCCCACCAGGUCUGGCGGCUCUGGCAUCAACCGGGGCUCCAGUCUCGGUAGUGCUGAUGGAACCUUGGGUCUUCCCAGGCUGCUGGGCCUGAGCCACAGCAACUCCAAUCUCAGCAGGCAUGGUAUCCAGCAUAGCACUUCAAACCUGGGUAGCGACAACUGUCAGGAAGAAUCGACCUUUGCCAGUCGAUUCUUCCGUCGAAGCAGUUCGAAUUGCAGUACCGGUGGUGGGCCAGAUAGCAGCUACCUCGGCAGGCGCUUGGGACUUUUGAGAGGCUCCUCCAAUAGCAGCAGUCAUCCAGCGGAGGAGGGCGGCCGGAGGCCGUUGGGCCUCUAUCGCGGCACGUCCAACACAAGCAGCGUGAAUGACUCAGAGACAGCCAGGAGAAAUGGCUACAACCGCAGCACCUCGAAUUUUUCCACCUUCAGUUGCACAUCUUUAGCAGAUUUCAACCAGAAGCACGGGAUCUCCUGUGUGGAAAGCCCAUCGUUCCUGCAGUUCUUGGCCACAGUGCAUGAAGCUGGAUUGAAGAUACCCAGGGGAAGCAAUCAACCCAGGCGCUUGUGCAGUAUCAAGGAGCAUUCCUUGGACGAUGCCUUUAACAACCGAAUCGAAGUGGAGGAGGCAGACUUGGCAGAUGACAAGAUGUCCUACUACUCAUCGCAAGAGAUGGGCAAGGCCUCCGUCUUCGAAUUGAUCACUUCGCAGGGCUCAGUGUCCCUGUCCACCAGUUGCUUGAAGACGCAAGCAGCGUGGCAGCGCUCCUUGAUCGAACAGCAGAGGUCAUUGUUGGUCUUGGUUUCUCGAAAACUGCACCAAGCUGAAGAGAAGACCAAGCUGGAUAUCGCCGUGAGCGAAGAUCAACGGGAGCUGCUGCUGGGCGUUGUUGUUGCGCGGUUGCGGAACUUCAGAAAGAUUGUGACCCGAAAGGUGGACAAUGAGGAGUCGGUUGACAUCCAAAGUAAAGAUCUCUUCGUGAUCAUCGUGGAGACAUGUCCGCUGGUGCGUGCUGAAAUUUGUCAGUUGUGCCAGCUGCUUGAGUACCGGUGCAAGGCUUACGCAAGUUUGACUGCAGCAGAGUCGGAGAUCAGCAACAUCAUGGAGAGUACAGGUUCCUCCAAUGGAAGCAGCCCUACCUUUUUGGUGCUUCUGGGCACUUCCUGGUUGGAUCGAGAUCUUCCCUAUCAGUUCAAACAGGAGUUUGUGUAUGUGACCCUGACCAGCAAAGCUGAAGAAUUUGAACAGGUAGGCAACGAGCUGUCCGCCUCCAGUGAAAGUCAGAUUCGCAGCGUUCUUCGAGAGCGAGGUAUUCGGGAAUAUUUGUUGCAUCCGCUGUCUCUGGAAGACAUGCGUCGCACGGUGGAAGCUGCCCUGCAACGCAGAUGGGCGGAGGAGUUUCUGGUCUGUGAGACUUUGGGCCGGGGAUCCUCCGGCAUCGUGCACCGGGUGAAACGCCUACGUGACGGCCAUAUCUUUGCGAUGAAGGAAGUCCCAACGCGACUACUUCGGGAAAAGGAACGCCAGAGUCUCUUGCAGGAGGUCUCGCUGAUGGAAAAGUUCAACUGGCCCACAAUCAUAUCUCUUGAAUGUGCAUGGGAAAACCCGCAACAAAGAUUGCACUACAUUGUGAUGCCUUUCUCGGAGGGUGGAUCCUUGAAGAGUCGGAUCAGCCAAGCCCUACACGCAACGCUGAGCGACGCCACAGACGGCCCUACGUGUUCUCGGAGCAACUCUUCUUUGAGCACCAACGUACGUGGACAACACUUGGGUGCGUGGUAUGUGCAAAGCCUCCAUGGCCUCAGUUUUUUGCACUACCACGGCGUCCUGCACAGAGAUAUCAAACCUGAAACUGGGAUGCACUUGGAAAUAGCGGAGAAGAUUGGUUUGAAUAGAUAG